UUGCGGAACCUCCUUCACGCCAGCCAUCAAGGAGUUUGUACGGUGCCGCGGAAAACAACCAAAUGGUGCAUAACGUUUGACGAGCGUGAAGCUGGAAACGCAUGCAGGCAGGCACGGGUGUCGUCCUUCUGAUGACUGUCCUCUUAAAACUUACAGCGGCUAUGUCAUAACUAAAGUACUGACCGCCGGUCGACAUUGGGUUUGGUCAUAUAUCGUCAUAUGAAUCCGCGCCGAGCCUGAAACAUUCUCAUUUUCAUGAUCUCGCCCAGGAACUCUUCGAGCAUAGUCCCCGUGCUCUCCGCCGAGAGGUAGGACACGUAAGUGUUCGGAUAUCGUUCUAUGUCCGCGUCUGUCUGCUCUUGAAUGGGUCAUACUGACUCGGGAGUACAUCUGCCACCCUGUCUUUAGGUCAUUUUUCGUUCACAAAUGCGCGAUCUGGCUUAUUUAGCGUUAGGGGCAAUCCCGCGGUCUCAUGCGGGACCUCGUUGCAACUCCACUCAGCUUAUCAACCAUCUUCUCUCCACGCCUGAUAGGGCAGGUAUCUGUGAACUUCUUGACCACGAAUGGUUGUAGUUCAUUGCUUAGUGGUCACAAGUCCUCGGUUAUGCGAGCCACACUGUUUCACGAACAUUCUCUCAAGUAUGACUGAGCGGCGCUGAGUGCAGUUUGGCCGUCGGCCUUCCUUCGACAGGUACUAUAUAACAGACCUUGUUCUAUUGCCUGAAGGUCACCAACGGUCGUGUUAUCUACGUCGCGCAUCCUACCGGCUACUACGAGCCAGGGGUGCACACGAAAUAUGUUGAAGAGCAACUGGACACCGACACUGUUCCACUGAAUGGUGGAAUCCUGGUGAAAGUACUCGCUAUCAGCAGUGACCCAUACAUGCGUCACAGGAUGCGUGAUGAGAGUAUCCCUCUGUUUGCGCCACCCUUGAAGAUUGGAGAGCCUCUCGAUAAUUUCUCUGUUGGGAAAGUCGUCCGCAGCGAGGAUCCAACUUAUACGCCUGGUGACUACGUCCAGGGCUAUUUCACUUUCGAGAAUUACUCUGUGUAUCCGGGAAGUACCACACACGCAUUCAAGCAUUGCAAGAAGGUUCCAAAGCUGCCCGGUUUGCCUAUGUCCGCUUUUGCGGGUCUUCUCGCCUUGCCAGGGAAAACCGCUUAUCAGGGCUGGUACCUAUUUGCUAAAGAGAAAGCGAAGACUAGCAAGACACUGUAUAUUAGUGUUGCUGCUGGUGCUGUCGGCACUUUCUUGAUUGAAUAUGUGAAGACCGUCCAUCCGUACCUCAAGAUCAUUGCGUCAGCCGGAACACCUGCGAAGAUUGACCUUCUGAAGUCUAUCGGCGUUGACGUCGCUUUCAAUUAUAAGGAGACGGACACCGCUAAGGUCCUCGCUGAACAUGGGCCUAUCGACAUCUAUUGGGAUAACGCGUCUGGCCCCACAUUGGAUGCUGCGCUGUGCAACAUGAGCACGUUUGGUCUUAUCAUUGCUUGUGGUGCAAUUUCUUCCUACAACGAAGAUCAAGGUGCAGUUAAGCAUUUCGAGAAGGUGUUCGAGCGUUCCCUUUCCAUACACGGUUUCGUCAUGGGCAUCGGCGACGAUGCAAGACGGGCGUUGGCAGAGUUCGACAAGGAGAUUCCUCCUUUGGUUCAAGCUCGGAACAUCAAGCUGCGUGAGCAUCGUUUCCAGGGUUUGAAAUCGGCGGAGCAAGCUCUUAGGUCUGUCCAUACGGGCGAGAACUUUGGAAAGGCUGUGGUCAUCGUCGACGAGGAGGGCGGAGCUGCUUAAUGUACUUGUGAACUAUACUCUACCUAGUCUCAUGUAUAUGCACCGCUCGGAAUUCACGCUACUAACGAUGACAUCAAUUGGUCAGAGGCAUGCUAACGCCUAUAAAUGUGCAAGCCCAGG